CAGCGCUCUGCUUGAUCUGCUUGAACAAUAAAUUUAUCGUUUUACUCAAACAGGAUUCACUAGAGACAGGUAUUCAUUUCCUGCAACCAUGAAAUGUGUGGCUCUAUCUCUGAUGCUAUGUGCACUUUUGUCCAUGUCAAAUGCACAAUGCUACUCUAAGGCCCUAAAACCAGGCAUGACCCAUUGCCAAGACGAUACAGAUAUGACAUGGCAUGCAGUAGGAUCUAACUGGAGAAACAGUGAAUGUAUGGACUGUUCUUGUAGUGGAUGUUGUGCCGCGUAUUCAACCCCCAGGUCGUUCCCGGAUGACUGCGUGUCAGUGUUUGAUCCAGUGGCAUGUGAAUACAAAGUGUUCAAAAGGAAUAACCCAACUGUUCAAUGCAUGAUUUUUGGUGCAGUUGGAAAAUAGUACACUGGUCUGAAGUGUACAAAUAAACAGAAUGUACU